UUACCUCUCCGCUUCCACUGCUUCAUAACCAACCAUCUUAUCUCUCCAUCUGCAUCCCCAUUCUCAUUCAUCACCAUCGAGCUCGCCAUCGAACCCGCCGUCGGAUUGUCGUCGAGUUCUACAGCUCCAUCCUCUUAGUACCUCUAUCGUACUCUUGGUCGCAUCCUCGACCGAUUGCCUAUCAUGAAGAGCGCUCUUCUUGCCGCCGCCGCGCUUCUGGGCUCCGCCCAGGCCGGUGUUCACAAGAUGAAGAUCCAGAAGGUUCCUCUGGCUGAGCAGCUGGCUACCACCUCGAUCGAGACUCACAUCCAGAACCUCGGUCAGAAGUACCUGGGCUCUGCCCGCCCCAAGAACCAGGCCGACUAUGCCUUCAGCACCGAAGCUAUCAACGUCGAGGGCGGCCACCCCGUUCCCAUCUCCAACUUCAUGAACGCCCAGUACUUCUCCGAGAUCACCAUCGGUAACCCUCCCCAGAGCUUCAAGGUCGUCCUCGACACCGGCAGCUCCAACCUCUGGGUUCCUUCCCAGGAGUGUGGCAGCAUCGCCUGCUACCUUCACUCUAAGUACGACUCCUCUGCCUCGUCCACCUACAAGCAGAACGGCAGUGAAUUCGAGAUCCACUACGGAUCCGGUAGCCUGUCGGGUUUCAUCUCCAACGAUGAUGUCUCUAUCGGUGACCUCAAGAUCAAGGGCCAGGACUUUGCCGAGGCUACCAAGGAGCCCGGUCUGGCUUUCGCCUUCGGUCGCUUCGAUGGUAUCCUGGGUCUGGGCUAUGACACCAUCUCUGUCAACCACAUCGUUCCCCCCUUCUACCAGAUGGUCAACCAGAAGCUCCUGGACGACCCCGUCUUUGCCUUCUACCUGGCUGACCAGGAGGGCGAGAGCGAGGUUGUCUUUGGUGGUGUUGACAAGUCCCACUACGAGGGCGAUAUUGAGUACAUUCCUCUCCGCCGCAAGGCUUACUGGGAGGUCGACCUCGACGCCAUUGCUCUCGGCGACGAGGUUGCUGAGCAGGAGAACACUGGUGCCAUUCUUGACACCGGUACCUCCCUGAACGUCCUCCCCAGCGCUCUGGCUGAGCUCCUGAACAAGGAGAUUGGUGCCAAGAAGGGCUACAACGGCCAGUACACUGUUGAGUGCGACAAGCGCCAGACCCUUCCCGAUAUUACCUUCACCCUCGCCGGAUCCAACUACAGCCUCCCCGCCACCGACUACAUCCUUGAGGUCUCUGGCAGCUGCAUCUCUACCUUCCAGGGCAUGGACUUCCCCGAGCCUGUGGGUCCCCUUGUUAUUCUUGGUGAUGCUUUCCUCCGACGGUACUACUCUGUCUACGACCUCGGCAAGAAUGCCGUUGGUCUGGCCCGCUCCAAGUAAGCGACGAUUAUUUAUGGAUGAAUUAUCAGAUAGCGCAUGAGUAUGUAUCACGGACUUGGUUUUGCUUAAGACUGGGAUGGAUCGCUUUGAUUAUUACAGCAGACAUGAGGAGCAGAGUAUGAGAUGGUGCAAAUGUCUCAUCACGAUGCUCAGUAAUAUGAACAUGUUUAUUUUUGACCUGACG